AUGGCGAUCUCUGUGAAAUGGCCUAGCUGAGAGUUAAUUGUCGCUGCCUGAGUGGACCGACGGCGUCUCACUGCUUGCGAUUAUCGUCUAACUGUGUGACUGAAAAGGAACUCUGCUGACAUGAGCGAUUAGUUAAACAUUGACUGCAUUUUCUUGGCCAUGUGUUGUUAUCGCUUCCAAACGGGGAGGCUCAAAGGAGACAAAUUCCCGACACCAUGAGUCCUCCAGCUCAGCCGAACGUCCUCUGCUGUUGCCAUAGAAAAAUCUGGUUGCAUUCAACAGUAGAAGAGGAACACACUCUUUUUUUUGUUUUCCUCCUUACUACCAUCUGCGCUAUGCUCCCCGCAAAGGAUAACAUGGAAGGACAAGCACAAUGAAUAGAUAUACCACCAUUAGACAGCUCGGAGACGGCACCUACGGCUCUGUUCUCCUCGGUCGCAGUCUGGAGUCAGGGGAACUUGUUGCCAUAAAGAAAAUGAAACGAAUGUUUUACUCCUGGGAGGAAUGCAUGAACCUCCGAGAAGUCAAGUCCCUAAAGAAACUCAACCAUGCUAAUGUGAUCAAACUCAAGGAGGUGAUUCGGGAAAAUGAUCACUUGUACUUCAUAUUUGAGUACAUGAAGGAGAAUCUAUAUCAGCUGAUGAAAGACCGGACACGUUUGUUCCCUGAAUCAGCUGUGAGAAAUAUAAUGUUUCAGAUCCUGCAGGGACUUGCAUUCAUUCAUAAGCAUGGGUUUUUCCACAGAGACAUGAAACCAGAAAAUCUCCUCUGCAUGGGCCCAGAGCUGGUAAAAAUAGCUGACUUUGGGCUCGCCCGUGAGAUCAGAUCUCGACCACCGUACACGGACUACGUCUCUACUCGAUGGUACCGAGCUCCAGAGGUGCUCCUCAGGUCCACAUCCUACAAUUCACCUAUAGACCAGUGGGCAGUCGGCUGCAUCAUGGCUGAGCUUUAUACGCUCAGGCCUCUGUUCCCAGGAGCGAGUGAAGUGGACACCAUAUUCAAGAUUUGCCAAGUGUUGGGUACGCCAAAGAAGACUGAUUGGCCGGAGGGAUACCAGCUGGCGAGCGCCAUGAACUUCCGUUGGCCUCAGUGUGUUCCCAGUAAUCUGAAGACACUGAUCCCCAAUGCCAGUCCUGACGCCAUCUAUCUAAUGACAGACCUUCUUCAGUGGGACCCCAAGAACAGGCCAGCUUCUGCCCAGGCCCUCAGGUACUCGUACUUCCAUGUGGGCCAAGCUCUGGGAACUCCUCAGCAGAUCCUGGAGCAGGGCAGACCUCAGCCAGGCCACGUGCAUGUACAGACUCCUUUACAGUCACAGCAGACUCUGCAGCAGCAACAGCCGCUACUCCUGCUGAAACCUAUGCCCCCCACCCAUCCUGCACCUUCUAACCAGCACUGCUCCCCCUCCAGGCCUCUCCAGCAGGUCCAGCCGUCCCCUGCAUCAGCAGCUGCCCAGUCGGCAGGUUACCAGCGGCACACGGGGCUUGUGCGAGAUCAGCAGCCAAAGCACAUCCUGAAGCAGGAGCAGACAGAGGUGAUGCCACAGAGUCACCUUCCUUACAUUGUUGACAAGAGUCUGCAGAGCAAGCCAAGGGAGCAGGAGUCGGGCAGCGGAAACCUUCUUAAUUAUCAGGUGAAGCCUAAAGGAGGAGGGCGGCGGCGAUGGGGCCACGGCACGGGACAUCUCAAAGACUGGGACAACUAUGAAGAGAGCGAUCUGUCCUCUUUAAGCAUUAUUGGAAAAAUGAACUUCUCUGAGAAGCGGAGGCAGGGAAAGGACGCUGUGAGCAGGUAUGGAAACGUUCUGGAUUACAGUCGACCCAGUGGAAAAGAAGAUGCACCUUUGAACCUAAACAAGACUUCAGCCUAUCAGGAGCCAUUGAGAACCGCUUCAGCCAAGCAGCACUACCUGAGGCAGUCUAGAUAUUUACCUGGCACAAGUACAAAGAAGAGCACGACCAUAGAUGCCAGUAAAGAUUUCACUGGAAGCCAUCUCUGGGGCGGCAGUAGUAUUCCUUUCGGAGGGACUCUGCCGAGCAGAGGAGCGCAUGGUACGAAUACAAUUCCAGGGGGAUACAUGCCAUCAUUUUACAAGAAAGACUGUGGCUCUGCUGGCCACAGAGGGAGGCAGAGCCCGUCGGUGGAAGCAACAGCAUCAAAUUAUGCAACGUGGCAGUCUGGUCGCAGUCAGAUGAACGCCUCCGCCAACGCACCUACAUCCAACAAAAGCACAUCCAGUCUGCAUCCUCACCCGCCGUUACAGAGCAUUCACGGCCGAACAGACUGGUCUGCCAAAUACGGACACCGAUAGUGGCCUCCCCGGAGCUCAGACCUGGGCUCCUUGAACUCUUUCGCUUCCAAAGAGUAGGCCUAGUUGUUUUAUAACCCAUGUGUAUAUAAACUUUAAACAGCAAUAAUUUUUGUUUCAUAGGUGUACAGUGAAUGCUUUGAGUUGUAAACUAUUUAAAGGACGAGGAAAUGCAAUGAGCCAAAAACGUGCAACCCCCUCCCCCUCUCUGUGUGUUUUACUGUGUUUCUGUAAUUUAACUGCUGUUGUGGUGCAAACGUUAUGCCUCAGCUUUGUAUCGCUGAAUGAUGACUUACCUACAUGUAUACGUAUAAUAUGCAUAUUACAAUAUUAAGAAAUGCUCACUGUGAUUUGUUUGGGGCUAAUUCAUUGCUUUUCCUCUAUUUGGUACAGCUGUUUUUAUGUUUUUUUUACCUUUUGCAUUUUGUUCAAGGACAAUUGCCUCAUCAGUCAACGAUUAUAUGUUUAAAUGUUUUCAGUAAACAAAUGUUGGUCAUUUUAGUGUUGAUCUAUUGCCAUGUUUCAGCUGUUUCAGCUUCAACUGUAAAAUUAAGUCAUGCAUUGAUGAACUCACUUUCUCUAACUCUAAAUGGUUACGCAGUCUCAGGUUAAGUAUAAACUACAAUUUUAUUUUGA